AUGUCAUCCGCAGAGUUCCCUCCGCCCCAGCUCAGAUCGGCUGCCGAAGACGUUGCGUCCCUCCUCAAGUCUCGAGGCGAGACCAUAUGCGUGGCGGAGACCGCCGCAGGAGGACUCAUUUCCGCCUCACUGCUUGCAACCCCUGGGGCAAGCAGGAUCUACAAGGGUGGAUUGACACUGUAUACGUUACAAUCCAGGAUUGCCUUCGCCGGCUGGACGCAACAGAACAUCGACAAUUAUGAUGGACCUACCCCGGAAUUGGUGGAAGACCUGGCAAAGAGCGUGAGAGCAACGCUGCAAGGAACUUAUUGUGUCGGUGAGUCAGGAACAGCAGGACCAACCGCCAGUGGCAAGACUCCCAACAGACAACCGGGCUACGUCGCAUUGGCAGUGGUGGGCGAAAAGGGUAGUGUGAACAAGGAUCUAGACACGGGGUUGGGAAGUGAUAGACAGGCCAAUAUGGUGGCGUUUGCGGUUGCCGCGCUUCAACUGGUCAAGGACUUCAUCUUGUCGUCUGGCGGUGACAAGGGUGGGAAAAUGUGA